CCCGGAGCCCGAGAGGGCCACUUUCUCUUUAAAUGCAAAUCACCUCCCGCCAGCUUAGCUCCCACCCGCUGGCGUUCCCGGGAGGAGCGCGCGGAGGGCGGAGGGCGCGGGACCACCAGCCGCGCUCAGGACCCCAAGCCUCCAGGCCUGAGACCUAUCAGCACCCAAUGGAUGACAAAAAGAAAAAAAGGAGCCCCAAGCCCUGCUUGACUCAGGCAGCCCAGGCCCCAGGCACACUACGCAGGGUCCCUGUGCCAACCAGCCACAGCGGCUCUUUGGCCCUUGGACUCCCUCAUCUGCCAUCCCCCAAGCAGCGGACCAAGUUCAAGAGAGUAGGCAAGGAGAAAUGCCGCCCAGUACUGGCCGGAGGUGGGGGCGGCUCUGCUGGCACACCCCUGCAGCACUCCUUCCUGACCGAGGUGACCGAUGUCUAUGAGAUGGAGGGGGGUCUGCUGAACCUGCUCAAUGAUUUCCACUCUGGCAGACUGCAAGCCUUUGGGAAGGAAUGCUCCUUUGAGCAGUUGGAGCAUGUCCGAGAGAUGCAGGAGAAGCUGGCCCGGCUGCACUUCAGCCUGGAUGUAUGUGGGGAAGAGGACGACGAGGAAGAGGAAGAGCAUGGAGUCACUGAGGGGUUGCCUGAGGAACAGAAGAAGACCAUGGCAGACCGCAACCUGGACCAGCUGCUUAGCAAUCUGGAAGAUCUAAGUAAUUCUAUACAGAAACUGCACCUGGCGGAGAAUGCUGAGCCUGAGGAGCAGUCAGCUGCAUAGGUCUAGGACUCAGGCCCACGCUGCCUCUUUCAUUCUCUUAAAACUGUGACUUACGUUCCUGGUGGGGCACACCUAUACUUCCAGCUUCACGGGAGACUGAGGCAAGAGGGUCUCAAAUUCAAGGCCAGCCUGUGCCAUUUAGCGAGACACUGGCUUAAAAUUUUAAUAAAGGGAUGAGAGUGUGUAGCUCAGUGGCAGAGGGCUUGCCUAGCACAUGCAAGGCCCUAGGUUCCAGCCCCAGGACCGGGGGGGAAAAAAAAACUGACUUUACGAACUCACUGGUGUUCCACAGCCCCCCAGGUGCUAUGAGGUUGGGGAGCGUUGGAUGGAAUUAAACCAAAAAUAAAGACUUGGCUUCGUGUCUUCCUUCCCCUCCUGGCGCCUUUCUUCGCAAUAAGACUUCUGCGCAGCACAGAGGGCUUGCAGUCCGCGCUAAGGCGGGAAUUGGGACGAAGCUAGUGGCUCCAGGAGAGUCCGGUCUGGAGCCUCUGCUAGAAGAGUCUAAAGACGACUAGGCGACGGUUGCCGCGGAAACGGCGGGGCAUGGCCCCAUGUCUUAGACUGCGCAUGCUCAGGAGCAGCGCGGCCAGAGGACGCACUGCGCAAGCGCGCGGCGGGGGUCCGUUAGCGUCCGGAUGGAGACGGAAUUGUUACUUCGGAAGGUGUCGGCUCUGCAGGCCUGUGUCAAGGGCUUCUUGGUUCGACGCCAGUUCCAGAGUCUGCGAGCUGAGUAUGAGGCGGUUGUACAAGAGAUAGAAGGUGACUUGGGCACGCUUCAGUGGACGGCCAGCAGAAUUCCCAGGCCCCUGUUUCUCCCAGAGAAGACAAACUCUCAUCGCUCUUGGAAAGCAGGAGAGAGGAUACCAAGUCCAGAGCAGAAACUGUGGAGUCACUUUCCAUGUAAAGAGUCUCUGAAAGAGGCCCUCUGGGAGGAGAUGGUGCUGAAGAAGUCAGGAGAGAGUUCAUCAAACCCAGGAAGUCUUCCCUGCAGAGAUGACAACCUCUGGCUUCAGGUUGAACCGAGCAGGAAAUCCAGCCAAGAGGAAACCAGAAAUACAUCAAAGAUGGAGAACUCAGAAGCCACAGGUCCAGGACUGUCCCACAGCCAGCAUGAGCUCCAAGAGCUCCAAUAUCACCGCAGCCAUUUGGCCAUGGAACUGCUGUGGAUACAACAGGCCAUCAACAGCCGUAAGGAGUACCUAAUUCUCAAACAAACACUGAAACCCCCAGAAGCAGACCAGACCAGAGAUGAGCCCAGCAUGUGCACAGAUCAUGGGGAACUGGCCUGUGAGAAAGCCUGGUCACAACCAAACCCACUGCUGAAGGACCAGUCCUGCAGAGACAGGACCAUUGGAGAGCUGGACCAUGUCAGUGAUUCCUGCCAAAAAGGCAAAUCACAACCCCUGAGGUCCCCAGAAAGUUUGGCCACUAUAGACAAAAUCACUUCUGGGGCUAAGGGCAGGGAACCAUGCUAUAGGAGGGCUGGAUGUCCACCAUCAUACAGCUAGGAUGGAAGGGACAGGUUCAUCCAAGGAUAAGACCAUAAAGGAUAGACCUUUAAAGGGGCCUGCCUAUAGCAGACAAAAUUCCUAGAGGACCAGACCCUGAGGGGGCCUCAAACCUAGGAGCUACUGUUCUGGGAAGGCCAGAACACAGCUGCCCACACCGUGAUGACCCAAAUGUUGAAGACAAGUCUCCCAGAGGUCAAACCACAAAGAACCUGACUACCAAAGAGCAGCCACAAGAUUUGGCCUCUCCAAGGAUCACAUACAUCAUUUGUGAUGGGACCAUGGCAGGGCCAAAGCAUGGUGACCUGGAUCUCAGGAGGAUUCAAAUAUCCAAGGACCAGGGCCCCAAUGGCAGAAGGUCCAGAGUUGGAACCUCCAAUAAGCCUGGUCAUGAAGGCUGGAAAAGCUAGAGGACUGUACUGUGGAGCUCAAGGCCACCUGAGACCCUGUCUUCUACAGGUUUAGACCAGAUAGGAGAGGACCAGUGGAAGGGCAGGCCACGGAAAGCAGGACCACCAAGCUAGACCCUGGGGGGCCAGCAGAGGAACAGGUUCCAAAGAGGUAUGCUAUGACAAGGCUGUGGUGAAAACAGGCCUUCAUCCUGCCCAUCCUGCCCACCCUGCCCACCCUGCCCUCAUCCCCAGCCAUCAGUGGAGCCAAGAGAGACUGGAGGCAUAGUACAGAGGACACCUUUCAUCCUCAACCUGUGGCUCAAUCUAAAUUUCAGGUUAAGGAUUAGUUAUACAGGGAAAGUCCUGUGGGAGUCCUAGAAGAAAAUAAAAGUUUUUCUUGGAUUUUGA